CCUUAGUCCGAGUGUCAGUCGUUAGCCGUCGCUCGUAUCGUACCACAAACACAAGUUCAUUCUACACAUUUCUAGAUAAUAGUGACGAGAUUGUUAUAAUUCUCGAAUUAAUUUUAUUCUUUUGAUAAUAUUAAUUUUUUUCAGAUUUGGUGAGAGUAUGAAUAUUGUGUGUUUUUAUUUAUGAUUUAGAUUAAGCCUGCCGAUUGGUUGAACUUUUACCAAUAACUUUUAUUUUGAUGAGCGAACUUACCGGGAAUUCGAAAAUAGGUAUUUGAAAAUGGCCCAGUGGCUGCUGUGGUUUGGCUAUUUAGUAGCCUCUAGUCAUGGGCUUUCCUUGCGUCAUGCCAGGCAUCAGAGUGUCGGGACACCAACAGCGGAAGAAAUUCUGGAACCACAGAUUUUAAUCGAAGACACCGACCAUGUGUUCAGACAACGAGCGUCGGAUAUGUUCGCCCAAGAACCAGAAUAUGUGGAAAAACGGAAUCUAAACCAUCGACGAAGGUCUGAGUUCGAAGGAAAUCAGGAUAGUGGUUUUGAAUCUUCUGGGGAGACGUACAGUGCAUACACAACGGAUGAUCCAUUGAUAAUUCAUACGACCAAGGGUAAGAUCAGAGGGAUUACGCAGACGGCAUCGACCGGCAAGUUAGUGGACGCCUGGUUGGGAAUACCUUACGCGCAAAAACCACUAGGUGAUCUUAGGUUUAGGCACCCUCGUCCCAUGGACCCCUGGGACAAGACGAAUCCAGAGACGAUCCUUAACUGUACAACUCCUCCGAACACGUGCGUUCAAAUAUUUGACACGCUUUUCGGUGAUUUUCCUGGCGCCACGAUGUGGAACCCGAACUCACCGGUAUCAGAAGACUGUCUUUACAUCAACGUAGUGGUGCCAAAACCCAGGCCUAAGAACGCAGCGGUCAUGGUUUGGAUAUUUGGCGGAGGAUUUUAUUCCGGGUCCGCCACAUUGGAUAUUUAUGAUCCCAAGAUACUCGUGUCCGAAGAAAAUGUGAUUUUAGUGUCAAUGCAGUACAGGGUCGCGUCUUUAGGAUUUUUAUACUUUGACAUCGAAGACGUUCCGGGAAAUGCUGGACUUUUUGAUCAGCUAAUGGCCUUAAAAUGGGUGCACGAUAAUAUUCAUUUGUUCGGUGGCAAUCCUAACAAUGUGACACUCUUCGGAGAAUCCGCUGGCGCUGUUUCCGUUUCGCUGCACUUACUGUCGCCGCUGAGCAGGAAUCUUUUUAACCAAGCCAUCAUGGAAUCAGGAUCGUCAACAGCGCCUUGGGCAAUUUUGUCUCGUGAAGAAAGUUACAAAAGAGGAUUAAAACUAGCAAAGUCAUUGGGAUGUCCAGACGAUAGGCAGUCCAUUAGUAAAACGAUCGAAUGUCUGAGAAAGGUAAACAGCACAGAAAUCGUGGAAAAAGAAUGGGAUCACGUGGGUAUAUGUUUUUUCCCGUUUGUUCCGGUUGUCGACGGUGCUUUUCUGGACGACUAUCCGCAAAAAUCGUUGUCUACCAAUAAUUUUAAAAAAACCAAUAUACUCAUGGGAAGUAACUCGGAAGAGGGUUACUAUUCAAUAUUCUAUUAUUUGACAGAGCUUUUCAAGAAGGAGGAAGACGUGUUAGUGUCUCGUGAGGAUUUUAUAAAAGCUAUUGGGCAACUCAAUCCAAACGCAGACGCUGCAGUUAGGUCGGCUAUAGAGUUCGAGUAUACCGACUGGCUUAGCCCUAACGAUCCGGUAAAGAAUCGAAACGCUCUGGACAAAAUGGUCGGUGACUAUCAAUUCACGUGCAAUGUCAACGAGUUCGCCCAUAAGUAUGCAUUAACGGGAAACAACGUGUACAUGUAUUAUUUUAAGCAUCGUUCUUUAAACAAUCCGUGGCCGAAAUGGACAGGUGUGAUGCACGGUGAUGAAAUAAGUUAUGUAUUUGGAGAUCCGUUGAAUCCAACAAAAAAAUACGAAGUAGAAGAAAUUGAACUCAGUAAGAAAAUUAUGAGAUAUUGGACGAAUUUUGCUAAAACAGGAAAUCCAAGCAAAACACUUGAAGGGUCUUGGGUCACGCCCAAGUGGCCUGUACACACGGCGUAUGGAAAAGAGUUUCUAACAUUAGACACAAAUAACACUUCUAUCGGCGUUGGGCCAAGACUAGAACAAUGUGCUUUUUGGAAAAACUACGUUCCUGAUGUUGCGGCCAUUUCAAAGAGUAUGAAGUCUGACAGAAACUGUACUAAAAAUGGAGGGACCAAAACUAACAUGAUUGAGUUAUCGCUUUGGACAAUUUUAAUGACAACUGCAGUUAUGGUGUUAUGAAUUUCAUUUUGAUUCAUCUAAAAAUAAGUAAUAUAAACACACAUUUGUAUUAAUUUCAAGCUGUUGGCAACAAAAGAAACUUUGAAGACAAUUCAGUCUAGGCUACCGUUGGGCUUCCAGCAGGAACGCGCGCACAAAAUAAAAUUAAUUUUUUUUCUCUAAGAUUUAAAUAGGCCUAUUAAACGGCAAUAUUGCGCUAGUUGUUAGCCAAUCGGCCUUCGCGUGCGACGUUGGCAAUUUUCUUACACCGUACUUAGGCUUAAAACAUUUUUUUACCAUGUAUAUAACAAUUAUUAUUAUUAUUAUUAUUAUUAUUAUUAUAUACU